AUGAGCGUUACUUGUGAUACUUGUAAUCGGAAACAAUUCAAACUUCUCUUAUACUUGAAUGCCAAUACUGCAUAUGUACUGGUUGUGUUAACAUAUCAACAAUAUGCGACAGGAGCAUUCUUAUUCAUCGUCAAUGAUCCUAAGAAGGUUGAAUUUAAAACUAUCAAUAAAUCAUCAAUAAUUUACUCAGUGUAUUCAUCAACAUUGAAUGCAAGUAGUCAAACAUAUACUCGAUGUUUUCUUGUACCUACAGUUUACUACGAAACGUUCAAAUGA